AUGAGCGCAGCAAACUCUAGCACAUCCCACCCUUCUUCACAACCAAAAGAUCAGCUCGUGCUUCAAAUUGAGGAUGUCCCGCUUGCUGGGAGGCUUCUAACGAUUGAAAUUUUCGAGGUGCAACCGCAAGUUCGUUCGGCACCUUCCACUCCAUCAGCGUCCACGAGCUCCGCGAGGGCAAAUGGAUUUCGAGUGGCAGCGCGAGAUGAUGUGGAAAAUGAGUAUUCACUGUUUGUGACGCGACAAAAGGCUGAAUAUUUGUAUAGGGCAGCAUAUCCAGCUGAAGCGGAGGGCAGCGAAAUGAUCACCCCAGAGGCUAUGGCAAACGGGAUCCUCACAUACCUCAGCAUCAUUGGAAAUCGACAGAGAGACGUUGGAAAGCUUGUGUGCCGGGAGCCCGAGCCUCAUUUUGAAAAGAAGACCCGAGUCUUACCGUCCAGCACCCCGCCGCAUAAGCAAAGGAACCCGCAUCUACCCUCCAAGCGACUGGAUCAACGUGCUGUCCGCGUGCAGAAAACAUCAAGGCGUACUAUGGAAGCAGUUGCGGCAGCAAUGCGACGCUCAGGUCCUGACUUGAACAGGGACGAUGAAAGCGAGAUAGAGUCAGGAAAAUUUGAUCGCAAGGGCAGCGAAGCAAGUAUACUACAUCGUAUGGCAGUAGCAGACUCCAAGACGAUGUGGAAAGCGCAACUGGAGACGAACUAUGAGGAGUCCGAUCACCCUUCGCUCUACGAAAGUGAUUCAUCAGCUGCGACGCAAGAAUAUACCUUAGCGCCAGGCUUGUCACCGGUGAAGCGAGCACUUCCGGAACGCAAAACAAAACAUAAGGACCUUGAAGAGCGUCGGCAAAAAGGACGUCAGCAACGAAUUAUGAUUGCUCAGGCGGCUCAUGAAUGCCCAAACUCAAUGUUGGAGUCUAUUCAAGGGCAAGGCUCUUACCAAAAAUUAAUUGAAGAAACAGAACAAGAGUCAGGUCAAUUAUCCCCAGAUACCGCAAGAAGAGCCUCAAUGGUCAUCGUGGGUAGUACUGAAAAACCCACACACCAGCCAAGAGCUUCAUCUGCACCUCGCUCGAGUGUGGGCAAAUUGUACAGCUUAAGAAAUUUGUUUGAUUUGAAUGCAUCAGAACCAGAGCAAUUCCUGCGCCGACGAACUUUGGACACGUAUCGAAGCGUGUUGGGAAAAGACAAUUGGCAAGACGACAUUCCUGGGAUGGAGAUUGAGAUCACUGACGAACGCCCAACUCUCGAAACCCCGCCAAAUAAACUGGAUGCGCUGUUGAGUAGUGCGCGUCGUGUGAUGGUGGUCAAUGCUGUUGGUGGAUCCUUGCAACGGAACGCCGGUACAUCGAGGUUAGCUCAUGAAAAAAGACGUGGAAGGACGUCGACUUCGCCAAAUAUCUACGCUGCUGCCCUUAGUACGUCACACUCAGCUCCACGUCUUGGAGUUUCGGUGCCUAGAGACGAAGGAGUUAAAGCUGAAAACUUGAGCACAAAUGCAGCUGGACCACAGCUGAAUGAUGCAGUGAAAAGCAGUCCGCGUUCCCAAACAAAUUUGAUGUCUGGAUUUCACCAGAAACAACCUGAUGAUCAAGCCAUCCACCAAGAGGAUAGUCCGCCACCUCAAGUUGUAGAUCUUUCAGUAGCGAAAGGAAGUCGUGGCGGAUUACAACGAAGGUCACGGCCACGAUCAAACUCUGUGGGUUGUGAGGGGGUUUUGCGUUUAGCUCCACUUCCAAGCGCAGCACCCAAAGUACCCGUUCAAGAUUUUCUGUCUCCACCAGAGCCAGAGACAACUCCAGAUGAAUGCGAAGUCAUUCAGGAAAAAGAGACUUCUGUGACGUCUCCUGAUCCUGAAGUGGUGACGUAUUCUCCAAAUAUGUCGAUUCUUGCGAAUACGAAGGAUGUUGAAAAUCCCACAAGUGAAACUUUGGAUAAGUUGUCAAAGGCCGACAUAUUGAGAUAUCAAGGGGUUACAGACGGUAUUCAGGCAACUGCGAAUACUUACUUGCCACCAGUUGCAGCGAAGCCAGCGAUCGAUACAGAAGCUCAGGAAAACUUAUCUCUUCUUGUAGAGCUGGCUUUCCCCCUAACUUCUCAGAAAGAAGAUUUCCCCCGUACUUCUCGGCAAGAAUGUUGGGAAGAACCGAGUCAAUCCGUGAUUCCUCCCGACAUAUAUGAUGAAUCUGGGGGGAUUUCCAAUAAUAUGGCAGAUUCGGUGGUGGCAAACCCAGCACAGACUUGCGUUGAGGACAGGAGCCAUGAGCAGCAGCACAUUCAGGCAAGAGAAGACGAAUCUGAGGAAUUGACCGAUACUACAACGCCGGUCGAGGAAAAAGGGGACGCUAUGGAUAAAGAACCAUUUGAGCAAGUUGAAAAAGUGGAAAGUGCCAUAACCGAUAACCAGAUGCAAUCAUGCGCCAAUUUUCUACGGAUCGAUGAAGAAAAUGAAAACCAGACGAAAUGUCUAACUGAGAAUCCGUCUUGUGCUAACAAUGACGACAAUCUGGAUCGAUACGAUGCGGAUCAACGCGGAGAAAAAGAUAUGCUUGUGUCCCCUAGAGAAGCGUCUGAUACUGUCAAUCACCCCGAAAUCUCUGUCGAUGGAAGUGACGCAAUCCAGAAUGAUCUAAGCCCGCAUGAUAAUGACGCAGAAAAAGUGGAAGCACCAGAGAACAGUAGUCCUUCCGAUGAAAAAGUGAAAGUGAUGGAGCUAUCGAUCGACUACAAAGACGAAGAAACUGCGAAUACGAUGUCAUUCCCUCCAUUGGUUGCAGACUCUGUAAACAGCACUCUGUUCAGUCGUGAUCAAAAAUAUAAUGAAAGUAGUAUUGUAUCCGACCAUGAUGCUGACUCAAGUGUUCCAGUUGAUGACAUCGUUCAACCUAUCGAUGGUAUUUCACUCCCUACCGAAAAUAUUUUACCCUAUGAAGAGCUGACAAGUGUGGGCGCUGAUGCCGACGAAGAUACGGCACCUUUCGAAGAGAAUGGCCGAGAUCCAGAACAUGACAAAACGAUGCAGAAUACAUUUGCAGAAAGCAUUGAACCCGAUCUAAUAAUCACGACGCAACCGCAGAAAGCAACUGAUAUCGAGGUGGAGCAAUUCAGUACCGAGAAGUUGAGUUUGGCUGACGACAAUUAUCCAUUGCUAACUCUUUCUAGUCAGCAGGAAGAGCCUAUAUUAGAAGCACCUCCAGAAUGUGAGAAACCUGUAGCAAUUUUACGCAAAAAAUCGAUGAAUCCACGUAAAAAAUCGAUAAGUACUGGUAAGGUCAAGAUAACAUCGAAAGGAUUGGGGUCUACACGAAGAAGCUCCGUAGAACAAGUAGCAGAUGCACAAGUGGUAGUAGAUCAAUUACCGCCCAAACUUGAACGUCGACAUACAGCAAAAGAUGUGAACAAUAGUGAUCUCUCUAAAAGGAUGCGCCGAAUGAGCACGAUCAAUCUAAGUAACCCGCUACCAGGUUUAUCUUCAACAACUGCUGUGAAGACAGGGGCCAAAGUGUCCGCGGUAAAGAGCCUUGAUCCAGCUCUACGUCGUACUAGCAAACGUCAAACUCCAUCGAUCCAGCAGCACUCCGGAGUGGCCCAAAGCGGGACCAAUUACCACAAAAAAUGGGGCAAGUGGAUGGCUGGCAAAAACAUUAUCGAAAAGGUCGGUUGCCUCCAGCUGGAGGAACUCGUAAUGACAGAUCCACGGAAUGAGGAAAACUUGCUCAAACUGGGCUUUCGAUAUGCUCGCUCACCGGAUACCAGUAUCCCAGCAAUUUUACUUUUGGAAAAUGAUGCUCUGUUGCACAAAAGUGCAACAAGAACGCGAGAGUAUUGGUUCUGGCUUGGUUCAGCGCACUUGGAUAUCUUCAUGCGUCAUCGGAAAUAUCUGCCCGUUGCGCGAUUUCAUUUGAACAAGAGUCUACGAGCAUUUACAAGCGCGUUUGCGUAUUUGGAGAGCCUGAUGGAUCCGAUGCUACUCCUUCGUUAUGCUAUUGUCCUUUUCUGGCACAAAGGCGAUGGCAACUUGGAGAAAACACGAGAUAUUUUCCAUGAGCUGUUUUCUCAAUUUGUGAGCUUUUGCGAUAAGGACCGUCCGAAUUUAUUGUUUCUUCAGUUCCAAGUGCUCCAUCGCCUGAAACUCUACGUGGAUGCGAUUGACUGUAUCAACAAAAUUCUCACCCUCCAUGAGAAUACUAAGCGUCAGACUGGCGCUCUCUUACCUUCGACUAAUUCAAUACCAGUCUAUGACUCCGCAGACUAUCGACUGAUGUUGAUGCAGUGCCAACAGGCAAGUGGAGACUACGUGUCCGCAGCUCAAAGUCUAGCGUCCGUUUUGAAGGACAAGAAUGAUCAGCAUGACACAACGCUCAAAGAUGAGGAAUACUUUGAUUUGUGGCUCUCUCUAGCAGAGAAAUGCUUUCAUCAUGAAGACUAUGCACUCGCAUUGGAGUAUUACGCGAUCGCUCUGAAUUUUGCAAAACAGUCUCAAGCUCUUGCAGCCAUCCACUAUCACCUCGGCCUUUGCUUCCAAUCUUUGGGUGAAGACAACAAGUGCGUGACAGAAUACAAACGUGCACGCACGGCGAAUCGCCAUGUUCCUCCCUUAGUAUCCCCUACUGAGCUCAACAGUCCUUAUGAGGAGCGCUUUGCACAACUUCUCCUGAAAUCUGUCGCCCAGACUGUAGAAGAAGUACGAGUGGAGUUGUAUGGCAGAGCAGUACGACGCCUUCAGCGCGUUUUCCGACGAAGUCGUCGGAAUUUGAAUAUUAAACUGGAUAACAGCAACUCUGAAGCUGAAGUAACGAAGAUGCCUAGCUUGUCAAAGCGGAAACAAAGCACUGUUACGACACGAGAGCUUUCUGUCCCGGUAAAAAUUGAAAAUACCAGUGACACAACGGACAACAAGAAAGAAGAAACUGUACCACAAAACCCUGUCGAUCUUGAUGACAACCAAGUGGGUAGACGGGAGGAGAACCCCCUUGUAGAUAUCGAGCACCGUCAUGAAUCUUUUCUUGCAAGAAAAAAGGCAGCGAUGGAAGAAAUGACGGAAUUGCUUACAAAUCCACAGUAUCGAGGACGAGAAGCUUCGCCAUCGUCUCGUUCUAAUGCUCGUCUCAAAGCGACUACACAACUGCGUAGUGGGCUUCUUUCCCCCGAGAAAGAUCGCCUGGAUGCACGUCGAAAGCAGUCGAUGGAGACAUAUCAUCAGCUUGGAUAUGUUUCCUCGACAAUGCCGUGGAUUGAAUUUUGGGAGAAACUUCUAGCUCUUGCACCAGAGCUCUUCGAGUCGCGACAGGCAUUAUACGGCAGCAUUGCGCGAAUACGAGGUCGUCAGCCGUUAGUGACCGACGAAGUCGCCUUCUGCGCUCUUGCUGAAAGCAUCGGAAAUGUCCACGAAGCAGCCGAAAAACUUCACGAUGCAUCGUACGAACGCGAGCUCACGUACGUAUGUGCCGUCAUCGAGGUGACAAAGCUCCUGAAACGAGAUUUCCCACUAGAUCCGAUGCAACUAUCGCUCAAACCUCCUCGCGUCUCACUCCCUGUCAUUUCGUCGUCCACGGCAGAUACAAUAGCUGCCCAUGGCUCGCACAGUCCAGGAACAUCACGCGUUGUACUUCCCCCGACUCGAGUGACCUCCAUUUCCAAGCCCAAAAAGCACCUCCGAAUGAACCAAAUGCUCGAUAUACACUUCCAGGAACAUGUCCAGAAGCAAGAAGCAGCGUUGGCAAUAACCGAGGCAACGGGAGGCUUUGUGCCCAAACACCAGCGAACAGAGAAACUCAUGGUGCUUCAAGAUUUCCGGUUGGCCAACAACGCUCUACUGAGCUCGCAACUAGCUUUUGGUAGUGGAAAGGCAACCAUAUGAAGAAUGUUAUUCAUUACUAAGAAUUACUUGUCGGUAGAACGGAGUUUUGUCAAGCUAAACGGAGGAAAACAUUAAUGUAAUGUGGAAAAUGGACGAAUGAUUUUGACUCGCCUACUUCAACUUGGUUGCAACCUUGUGGAUCCAG